AUGGUGUCCAAGAAUUACGAAAAUUGGCUGCAAGCGAUGUACAAACAGUUCCAGGAUUCUGACGACAACUUCCUGCCGUUUCCUGACGAUUCGGUGGAUAAUUCAACGCCGCCCAUAUUCGACUAUAGCAUAUUAGAAGCGUUGGACAAAGACGACCAUGAUGAAAUUGAUACAGAGAAUAAGCCGAUCACAGUGGACGCAACUGUACGGGCAGCAGAUGCCAAUGGGAAGCAAAAGAUCCUUCAUCCAUCCCAGUCAUUACUCAGUGAAUACGAAAUUGAUUUUCUUCGAAACCGGAUAUCACAAAUGAUUCAUGAUCAAGGCAUAGGAGGGCUAAUGAAGGAUGUCGCUUCCAAGAGCAACAACAACAACAACACCGCCACCACCACCGGUGGCUUUUCAUUGUAUGAUACUCGCGAUGAAGAAGGAUUACACGCGGGAAACACCGAUGAAUGUUGUGAUCAAGAUUACGAUCAGGAUGAUUAUGAUUUAGAGGAAAUUACAGGAGAUGAUUUCCAUUCCCAUGCUCAUCAUAUCGAAGUGGAAUUGAAUACGGUUCCUGAAUGCGACGUUCACGGAAUGCAAGGAUGCGAUUGUCCAUUUUACGAAUAUGGCGACGACGACGAACACGAUCCCGAUUGUGAUCACCACAACGGUCCUUCUUGUGAGUUCACCUUUGAAUACGAUCAUACCGGCAAACUAAUACCUACAUACAGCAACGUGGAAGAGAAAUUACGCUUAAUGAACUUGGAAUCUAGAUUGAAAAACCAGAACCAGCAAUCCAAUAUGAAACUACCAUCAAUCAGUGAAUUAAACAUCUCGGAUUCCAUGAAGUCAAAAUCCAAAAAGAAAAAGAAAAAGAAGUCCAAAGCCAAGUCUGAACUGAAACUAGGUCAUCAUAAUUUACCCACCACGAUCCCUCGGGAUUACUAUGGAUACAUUCCCAGCGAUAGCUGUUGUUUAUUUUGUGAAUACCAAGCAAUAUUCGGCAGUAAGCCACGACAAAUGAUGAAAUGGUACGAUCAACGGAUUUUACGCGAAGAGCAAAGACGAGCUGAGUUUAAAAAGAAGUUGGAAAAUGCCAAGCUGAAGGCGAUCAAGAAACAACGUGAAAUGAGAACCAAACAGUUGCAGCAACAGCAACAAAAGGAAGAAGGCCAACAGUUGAAACAAGCUCACCGAAAUCAAGACCAACAAGUAAAAGCGGAUGAAGUUGAUUAG